AUGGAUAUCACUGAGAGAACUUGGAGCUGGAAGGAGUUGAUGCUGAUCCACCCUGACUCCAGCCCCUCUUGGUCUGGACGGGGCGUGCGUGCACCUCACGCUGGUGUCUACACUGACAACGCUGAACUCAACGACUUGGCUGCAGCAGCUCUGACGGCUCUGCAGCUGGAGAAGUAUCGCUGGUUUUCACAUUGGAGUCCAAUGUGCCAUGAGCUGUUUGUUUGGGGACGAAGUGAAAGCAGCUGUAGUGACUCCUGCGCUGGAACAUUCCCACAGAGGCGUGUGUGCGGGAUGGGGAACAGCAGCAGUGACCGGGGGGGCGCAGGGGGGUCCCCCUCGUAUCGGGACGGUCAGCAGCCCGGAGGAAAAGACCCCCGGCCCAAGAUCUUGUUGGACAGCACUGAAGACGCAGACCUGUUCCAAAGAGACGACCAAAAGGGAAAUGCUGAAAUGCAGGAGUUUUUCGAAUGGCAGCGAGAUCUCGAGUGUUUAACCAAAGGUUCCACUCAAGCCAGACCCACAGUGUUCAGGUGGACUGGAGCAGCCAAAGAAGUCUAUGUUUCUGGAUCAUUCAACAACUGGGCCUCCAAAAUUCCACUCAACAAAAGCCAGAAUAAUUUUGUGGCUAUAGUGGAUCUUCCUGAAGGAGAGCACCAGUACAAGUUCAGUGUGGACGGACAGUGGACUUUAGAUCCCACUGGGUCCGUCGUGACGUCAAAAACUGGAACCGUGAAUAAUGUGAUCCAGGUGAAAAGGACAGACUUUGAAGUGUUUGACGCCUUGAGAAUUGACUCUGAGGAUUCGACUGAAGAGUUGUCCAGCUCUCCGCCCGGGCCGUACCACCAGGACUCUUACUCCGUUAAACCAGAGGAGAAAAUGAAACAUCCUCCUUAUUUACCUCCACAUUUGCUGCAAGUGCUGCUCAACAAAGACACUGGGAUCUCUUGCGACCCAACACUACUUCCAGAGCCAAACCAUGUGAUGCUCAAUCAUCUCUACGCUCUGUCCAUAAAGGAUGGAGUCAUGGUUCUCAGUGCGACUCACCGCUACAAAAAGAAGUAUGUGACGACACUUCUCUAUAAACCCAUUUAA